AUGGUUCGAAAUCUCUCCUCCCGCUCGGUGAUAGGUGGUGGUGGUGCGUUUGCUGCGUUUUUGAAAGGUUCACCUACCACUGCAAUAAGGCAAGUCGUUAAUUGCUACAAGCGUAGCCGUACUAAAGGGAUAAUCUCUCAUGGCAAGCGGCCGUCAGACAUAGAUAGCAACGCCAGCGCACCAGAUGAUGAUUUAGAGAUCAAGCAUACCACACAAGAAGAGGAAUCGAAGCCAAAACGGCAGAAGACAGGCGAAAAUGAGCUGCUAUACCUGGACUCAUUGGAUGUCGAUGAACCCAUGCCAAGCAUGGUACCAAGAGUAUCUGUUUGGAACUCUGCUCUUAUUGCCAAGGUCAUUAAAAAGGACAAAAAAGGUCGGGGUGAGUUCAGAAAGUUGAGGCUCAAGACCGAGUUCGCCCGAUGUGCUGAUGAAAGCUUGUUUGGAAGUCUUGAACAUGUCACUAAGUUUGUGGCAGCAAGGGUCCCCAACUCAUACGACUCAAAUAAACAAAAAAAGCUUGUUGGGUUGGUGCAUGAAAUUUGUUCUGAAAUAUCUCAUUCAAUGGGAAAGCUCGUACAUGGAAUUGGGAAACUUUAUGAAGACGAUGGCACAAGAAGUGGCGGCGCAGCUGACAAUGCUGGUGGUUCAAGCAGUCAACAUUCAAGGAAACAACGACAUGCGGGCGCAAGCAGUAGCAACACACUCCCUAGUGAUGAGGAAUCAUACCAGUCGGAUGAUGACAGUGAUGACGACGACGACAAUGAAAGCAAGGGAUCAGAUGAUGAUGAAGACGACACUGAUAGUGAUGGUGAUGAUGGCGAUGAUGAUGAUGGACCAUGGGAGAGAGAGGAUAAAGAACCUCACAGAGGGGAGGAUGGAGAAGAAACAGAUGAUGAAGAUCCCGACAGAGAAGAUGAAGAGCAGCAAGGAGAGGAUGAGGUGGAGGCAGAAGAUGAUGAGGAGGAUGACGAUGCAGAUGAACAAGUGGAUGAUGAAGAGAGCGAAAAAGAAGAUGAACAUAAGGAGGAGGAGGAUGACAAAGGUGGGGGUAGUGGGGAUGGGGAUGUUGGUGGUGAGAGCACAGACAGAGGUGGCAGUGGUGGUUAUAAUCAUGAGGGAGACAAACCAGGCAGUGACGAUGCAGUCCACGACAGCUCAGAAACUGACGAGAUUCCAUCGAUUCAGUUUUGA